AUGAAUAAUGAUCAUAUUGAAACAUUAGAUAAAGCAAUUGAAUUGUUUUGGAAUUUUGAACUAACAGAAUGUGAAAAUUUAUUAUCAAAUGAAAAGACCAAAGUACCAUUAUUUUCAUUAUUAUAUACCGAUAUUAGUUUUAUAAAGGCAGUAUUGACAGAAACAAAGGAAGACAUGUCUGAAGCUUCAAAAAGAAUUAGUGAAUGUAAAUCUUUGGCUAGAUCAUUACAAUUAUCUCAAAAACCAUUAUAUUUAAAAUUAGAAAAAGAAGAAAAGAAAUCAAAAGAUUCUAAUACCAAGGAUGGAGCAGAUUCAAGUAAUUAUGUAAAAGCAGAAUAUUUAAUUUCAAAAUUAAUUUAUGCUGAAACAUUGGUGAUGAAGGCGAUUAUUGAAUUCAAGGCACAAAAUAAUUUAAAGGCAGGUUUGGCAUUUAGAAAGAGUUGGAAACAAUAUUCUCAAGCUUUUGAAUUGGUAAAGACUCUACCAACUACCUUUCCCAUUUACAAACAUAUUCUUAGUUGUGCCUAUUAUGGUGUUGGUUUCUUUCAUUUCCUUGUCUCUGUUGUUCCACCUCAAUAUAUUUGGUUGGUUGAAGGUAUUGGUUUUAAAGGAAAUAGAAUGGAAGGUUUAAAAGAAAUUCAAUUAUCUUCUGAUUCUAAUGGUAUUAGAUCAAAUAUGGCAAAAAUAGCAAUAAUACUAUUAAAUGUAUUCUUUUUUGAAGAUUAUAAUACACCAGAACCAUUGAUAAAAGAAUUGAUGACAAAAUAUGAAAAUGGAUCAUUAAUUUAUUACAUGUCUGGUGCCAUUUUAAGAAAACAAGGCAAGAUUAAAGAAUCAUCGGUUAGUUAUCAAAGAUCAUAUGAUACUUCUGGACAAUUGAAGCAAUUACAAUUGUUUGUAGAUUCCGAAUUGGGAUAUAAUGAAUUUUUAAAUCUAAAUUGGGAGGCUGCCUCGGUUCAUUUGGCCAAGUUUCUCAAUGAAACGACUAGUAGUGGUUUCAAGGCAUUUGUAGCUUACCAAUUGGGUUGUUGUUAUGACAUGUUGGGUAAAAAGGAAGAGGCUCGUGCCACCUUUAAAUCUUUGGAACCAUGGGUAAGAAAAGGUUACGACUUUGACGACUUUUCACAGAAAAAGGCUGCUCGUUAUCUCAAGCAAAAGGAUGGUUGGUCCAUGUUUGAUCAACUCUACAUUCAAGCUAGUCUUUUAAACGAGGCUCAUCAAUUCCAACGUUCCUAUGAAUACAUCAAACAGGCAUUGGCUAUUGGUAAUUUGACCAAGGAAGAAUCGGCAGUGGCAGAGUAUUUGGGUGGUGCCAAUUGUCAACAAUUGGGUCAGCGUGAAGAGGCUCGUCGUCACUAUCAACAAUCGAUUGCCAAUGAAAAGAGCUUGUCGUACGACCACUUUUGUAUUCCCUAUUCGUAUAUUGGUUUGGCAGAGAUUGCUUUUGCCGACGACAAAAAGUCAGACGCAAAGGCUUUUGUUAAAAAGGCAAAGGGCUAUAAUUCGACUCCCUACGAUUUCCCUUCCGUGUUGGAUUGGAGAACUAGAAAACUUUUGCAAUUGUUGGGUGAAUUUUAA